AUCACCCAACAGGAGAAGAAGAAGGAGGCGGAGCGGGUUUAUACCAACGAAGAAGAAGCUAUCGUCGGUGAGGAUCAGAUCUGGGAUUAAAACUCUAAAUUCAGGAUUUAACUCCAGAUUCUGUCCACCAGCGGAGGUUCUUCCAGGUUCUCCAGCGGCUCCAUGACCCGCCACGGAAAGAACUGCACGGCUGGAGCUGUGUACACCUACCACGAGAAGAAGAAGGACACAGCGGCGUCGGGUUACGGGACUCAGAGCAUCCGUCUGGGAAAAGAUGCCAUCAAAGACUUCGACUGCUGCUGUCUGUCGCUGCAGCCCUGCAAAGAUCCCAUGGUGACUCCAGAUGGAUACCUGUAUGAGAAACAGGCCAUCCUGGAAUAUAUUCUCCAUCAGAAGACAGAAAUCGCCAAAAAAAUGAAGGCCUAUGAGAAGCAGAAACAGGCCCAGAAGAGCAGCAGCCAGCUGGAGUCCAGAUCUGAGGAGAGAGAACGAGUGGAACGAUUUAAAAGCAGAGAGAACAGCAUCGUGUCCAAACCCAUCAACCCGUUCUCCUCUGGACCUGGCAAAGAGUGCGAGAAGAUACAGACCCAGAGGAGCUCAGAAGAACCUUCCACUGCCGGGUCGGCUUCCACGUCCAGCCAGAACCUGCCCAGUUUCUGGAUCCCAUCUCUGACACCAGAGGCCAAACCCACCCUUCUCAAGAAACCAAGUAAAGCCGUGUUGUGUCCGAUGUCCGGUCGUCCCAUCAAGAUGAACGAGUUGAUCUCCGUCCGCUUCACUCCUCUGGACUCCAGCCUUGACCGAGUGGCUCUGCUCAACCGCCAGGACAGAUACGUCUGUGCCGUGACCAGAGACGUUCUAGGAAAUAGCGUUCCUUGUGCUGUUCUCAGACCUUCAGGGACGGUGGUGACUCAGGAGUGCGUGGAGAAGCUGAUCAGGAAGGACAUGACGGAUCCAGAGACCGGAGACCAGCUGACGGACAGAGACAUCAUCCCACUGCAGAGGGGUGGAACCGGGUUUGCAGCUUCUGGAGUGGACCUCAGGGCUAAAGAAGCUCGUCCAGUGAUGCAGGUGUAGCUGGAGGCUGCAGGUCUUCAGGAAGUCCUCUGUUGAAGCUCAUUUAUUCUCUAAGUGUUCCCACCAACUGAUUGAUGAGAUGAAUCUCUAACUGCUUUAAAUUGUUUUGUUUUUUUCAUUCUAAAUAAAUGUAAACUCUUCAGAUAA